AUGAAGAGGACGACACAGACAGGGGUUGACGAGUUUUUGAAGCUUAACAUUACACGUGCACGCAUGAAGCCGAGCUUUCUGAAUAGAAAGGCAUUGAUCAGGAAGGUAGAUGCAUUACCUGUCGAGGUUCAGGGAGAUUGCUUGGGUGCUGGAAAGCACAGCACGAUGACCGAAGAGGUCGAAGUCUGGGCUCAAGAUCCCGUUGACUGCAUUAAAGAGCUAAUCGGAAAUACGACAUUUCAGGAACAUAUGAGCUACGCACCUGUGCACCUCACUCGCAACGGUGUGCGAAAGUACUCCGAGAUGUGUAGCGAAGAAUGGUGGUGGGAUAUGCAGAAGCGUCUUCCUGCGGGGGCAGUUGUGGCUCCCGUGAUCCUAGCUUCUGAUAAGAUGCAGCUGUCAGUAUUCGGCGGCGACAAGACAGCAUGGCCGCCAUCAGCGCAUGCUACGACACUAUUGGGCUACAUACCGGUUGCCAAGCUCGAAUGUUUUGAGGAGAAGACUAGGUCCGCUGCGCAAUAUCACUUGUUCCAUCAUUGCAUGUCGAUCCUGUUGAAGGGCAUGGAGAAGGCGGGAAGGGAGGGAGUGCAGACGCUGUGUGCAGAUGGUCAUAUUUGUACCAUUUUCCCCGUCCUGGCAGCAUAUGUCACAGAUUAUCCCGAGCAGUGUUUGAUAGCCUGCUGCAAGGAAAAUCGCUGCCCACGCUGUGUUGUUGAUCCGAAAGCACACGCAAACGUGCUGUGCAGUAUGGGUCAGAACGACGAAGACGAUCCACGUGUUGAAAGUGAAGGCCUGCGGCCAGUGUACUCACCUUUUUGGGCUGAUCUGCCACAUACCGACAUCUUUGCAUGCUUUUCGCCCGAUAUCUUGCACCAGUUACACAAAGGGGUCUUCAAAGACCAUUUCUUGGCCUGGUGCACAGCUCUGCUGGGAAAAAAAGAGCUUGACCGCCGCUUUCAGGUGAUGUCUGGGCAUGCUCACCUGCGCCAUUUCAAAGACGGUAUCUCCGGAGUAUCGCAAUGGACCGGGAAGGAACAAAAGGAGAUGGAGAAGAUUUUCGUGGGAUUGAUGGCGGGCGCAAUCGGCAAGCGCGCUGUACGAGCUGCGCGAGCAUUCAUCGACUUCGUCUACUAUGCGCAAUAUCAGUCGCAUACUGAACAUUCCCUUGCUCGCAUGAAGCGAGCCUUCAAAGACAUGCAUGAAAAUAAAGAUGUUUUCGUGGAAGCAAAUGUACGGAAACAUUUCAACAUACCGAAAUUCCAUGCUCUUGUGCACUACGUUGACGCGAUAAGGUCACUUGGGAGUCUGGACGGCUUCAACACUGAAGCAUCAGAACGUCUUCACAUCGAUUAUGCGAAGAAGGCUUACCGAGCAACGAACAGAAGAGACUAUGUUGUCCAAAUGACGACAUGGUUGCAGCGACAGGAGGUGAUUGUGAGGCAGAAUGCAUACCUGCACUGGGUCGAGGAGAUGAAGAAUGGCCGACAGAGUCACAUGCAGAUCACCGAGAUAGAUGACAUUGAGGAUUGGGACAAGAAUGGGGAUGAGGAAGACGACGACAACGAGGACAACGAGAAUGGUGAUGCGCAAUCGGGUGCUGAGGAAGAAUAUUGUGCGCUUCGCCAGCUUGUGAACUCUAACGUGACAUGUGCCUAUCAGCUCACGAAACAACCAACAUUCCUCCGAGUAUCCAUGGAAGAUAUCUCAAGUCAUUUUGGAGCACGGGAUUUCGCUCGAGCACUUGAGCUGUACCUGAUAAAAAGUUAUCCAGGAGGCACAAGCAUAAGGGUGAAUCAACACGACCGUUUCGACAUCUAUGGUUCGAUAUGUCUACUCCUACCUGCAAGCGCGCAUGUCUCGAAUGAGAAACACAUUGACAAGGUACGAGCAACACCUGCAAUGCCCCACCAAGGCCAUCGCAAGCACGUCCCAGCGCACUUUGACACUGCUCUCAUAAUCCGUGACUGCGAGGCAUACUCCAAACAUGGAGGAUUGUCCGGUCUGCAGGCAGCACAGGUCCGGGUGAUCUUCAGAAUGCCUCAGCAUUUGGCACGCACAAAUGAUGUACUCGCCUAUGUUCAGUGGUUCCGACCUUUUCGGGCGAAGCACGCAGAGUCGGGUUACUACGUCACCGAACAUUCAACACGAAAUAAUCGGCGUCACAGCGCUAUCGUGAACGUAGAUAGUAUCCUACGAUCAUGCCAUCUCAUACCGGAAUUUGGAGGUGACCCUGUGAAUCCUACUUGGACACCGUCAGACGUGCUUGACAAACCAAUCACAUACCAUCUUAAUUCACACAUCGACUUCUUCAUGUUCGAAUUUUGUGAGGGGACGGAGGGAUUGAGAUAGCCCAGUGCAUUUGAAUGAUAUUACAUGUUUUUACUAGUAGUAUACAUUGUACUAUAGCGAUGGCGG